GCUACGAUGAGCACGCGGACGCUCGAGGGCUGGGCCGAUGGGCUGCGGGCUGCCGAAGCGGCUUACGACAUUGACGAGGCCGUGCGCCUGCUCGUCGAGGACAACGACCUUCUCGCAGACAACUACAAGGCGAUGGCGACGCAUGUCCUCGAGGCCGUGGUCCCGGCAUGGGUCACGACGACGGUGGCGGACGCUGCAGCCCUCGCGAUCGUGCCCGCAGUGGAUUCGCUCUUGUCGGUGGCCACUGCCGAGACAUGGCGCCACGUGCAGAGCCUUUUUCUCGCGCUGUACGACAUUGUGAGCCGACGCCAGCUACAAGCGCAGUCGCACGACAUGGCGCUGCGUCUCCUGCAACGCUUCCUCGACGACGACGGUCUCUAUCGCUUGCAGUCCGAGAUGAUGAUGAUGACGCCCAAGGCCACGAGCGUCGCCGACGAGUCCCUCGUUGCAAAGCUCUGCGCGCUGCCUGCAAUCGUGUGCAACCUCGAUUGGCCGCAGACGCAGCGUGGCUUUUUGCCGUCGACGUUCUUUCCGCGACUCGUGUUGGCCUUUGUGCGUCACCGAGGCGCCGUCUCGAGUGGCCACCUCGGCGCCCUCCUCGUGCCCAAGCUCGUGCGUCUUGGCCACGCCAAAUGCGUUGCGUCGGUCUGGCUCGCCAACUGCACGUCGCCCAGCGAGCACUACAUCUGGCUCAAUAUGCUUCCGCCGUCUGCUUACGAAGGCCUCUUCUCCGAGACUGUGAAAUUCGCUACGAACGACACAUCGAUGCCGGUGGACUGGGCCACCCUGCUGCCAACGAGCAUCGUCGAGCAGAGCGUCUUCCAGCACGUGUUGAGCCACAAGCUACUGCUGCACGCCAAGACAGCGCUGCCCUUUGCGGCGAUCGACGCGGCGGUUCGCGUGCUCUCUGGACCAACGACCCCCGCCAUCCACUACGAUGACGCGGCGCAGUCGCCUCUUGUGCAAGUGCUUGACAAGCUCAUCCAGGCAUGGGCGUUCGGCUGCGCGACGGACGCGGACGUCGACGGCAGCGCCGCCAUGUUCAUUGAGCUCGGUCUCGACCACCUCUCGACGCGGUAUGUCGACGCUCGCGCCGUCGUGGAGACCCGGCGCUGGAUUGGGCCGCUGAGUAUGGGCAUCCGAGAGCGCAUGGGGCACUCCCUGCAAGGGACACGACAGUGGGGCAUGGUCGUAGCGAUCGCUCUCUCCAAGGUCCUCACGCCCGAGACGCCGCUGACGUUCGAAGACGAAGACUUGCCGCGUCACGGCACAGCACCCGCGACAACGACGCCGCUCGAACCUUUGGUCGCCUCGGCGCUUAAAAAACCAUCUCGCGUCGACCCUGAUGCCAUCGUUGACAGCGAUGACGACGACGCAGCUGAGAGUACGGAAGGAGACGUGAACGACGCGGCGUCGGACAUCAGUCUCGAGCCGUACGAGCUCAGCGACGACGAGGACGAAGCCGUCGACGCGACGCCGCCGAUGGUGUAUUUGCUGGAUGUUCUGGAGGGUUUGCAACAAGACGGCGACCGCGACCGCGCCGAACUCGCGCUGCGUUCGCUGCCGGCACUCAUUCACCGCCGGCCGUACGACCUCCACGACUUGGCCGUGACGCUCUGCCGGGCCGUGACGCGUCUCGACGACACGUUCCAAACACCGCACUUUGAUGCGCUGCGCAAAGCGUCGCUGCGGGGGCUCGUGCUCGAGGCGCCGGCGCAGGCACUGCCGACGUUGGCGGCGCAGGUGUUUGACUCUGAGAAGCUUUUUCAAGUCAAGCUCGACAUCCUCUCGACGCUCGCGCUAGCGGCCCCCAACGUUAGAGUCGACAAAGCCAACACGCUCAGUCUCUUCUUCUACCCUCUGCUCCUGCCGCUCCAGACGCAGCUUGCGAACGCGGCGAGCAGCAUGCACUCGCUCGACCACGUCUUGAUGGCCCACGUGUUCCAGACGCUGGCCGCGGUGCUCGAAACGUCGGGGCAGCACGGACCCCGCACGAUUGCGAUGGCAACUGCGUUUCUCGAGCUCAUUUGGUCCCAGCGAACGCACGAGCUACCUAGCGUCCGUCGUCAGGUGCUCUUUGGGCUCAGCCGCGUCCUCCUCGUGCUGCCCGGGUUUGCGUGGAGCGAACAGGUCGCGCGCCUCGGCCUCCAGACGUCGCUCGUCCCGUACCUCGAUCAGCUGCGCCAGUGGGACCCGGACCAUGGCUGCCGGUCCGCGGCCGGGCUCUUGCUCACGACGGUUGAUACAGGCGCGUUUUUGCAAGAGCAAUGACGUGGCGCGCUGCGCGGACAAACCUGUAACAAUAAAUACCAGCUCGGCAAUAUCGAGUUGCAAAGGAUUCUAU